CCCUGCUUCCUUCCAUCCCGUCCAGUCUUCCUUCCUUCCUACCCCAGCUUCCUUCUGACGCGCCACCGUCCCCCAUCCCGGCUACUGCCUGCCACCAUCGCCACCGUCAGCCCACGUCAACCGUCUCAGCCACCACCCCAAAAUUCCACCCACCACUUACGCCCGAGCUAGGAUCGCCUGCAGCCAAACACUGGCCCACCCUCGCCAGCCCGGUCCACCACAUCCGCGUCCCCUGCAGCUCCCGUUUCCCACCGCCUACUCGCCGCGUGUCGCUACAUCCACCGCGGUCCGUCAGCGACGUCUGCAUACGUAACAGCCCCUGAGCAGCGGCUCAUCUCCCGGCCACCCUCUUUCUCUCGUCUCUAACACCUCGGCUCAUUUGCUACCACCAUGAAGGGACUCAAAAAGGCAAUGAACCUCUCUCGCACAAAGUCCAGCGAAAAGUCAAAGUCCCCCAACCCUCCUGCCCAUAAGCAAUCGACAGCAUCCUCAGGCCCAUCAUCUCCCUCUGUCAACUCUCCCAGCCGCCAAGCCUCCGAUGCGCCCGGACUCCAGGGCGGCGCGCCCAUCACUCCGCGCCGAUCUCCCAUAAACGAUAAGACCUCUCCAGCACCUCCGCUUGUGGUGAUCUCGGGUGCGCCCCAACCGCCUCCCAUCAACACUGAAAUGCCAUCGGAUCCCAUUCCGCACAGCCCGCAUGGGAGAUAUGGUUCUCCCGAAAGAACACUGGGCGCGGAUGGACAGCCGACGCCCCCUAAAGUUGGACCGAUGAACAGGUUGAGAGGACCGAAGGAUACGAUCCCGGCCGUGGGCAAGACGCCGCGAAAGCAGAGAAGUAGCAGGUUCUACGUGACGGAAAAGGUCGAGAUUGAAAAACUGCCCAACUUUGCGGAUGUGAGGCCCGAGCAAAGGAAUGAACUGUUUGUCCAGAAACUGCAACAGUGUCGAGUUGUUUUCGAUUUCAACGAUGCCAGUAGUGAUCUAGAGGGGAAACAGAUCAAGUCACAGACGCUACACGAGAUGCUCGAAUACAUUACGAGUCAAAGAGGCGUCAUCACAGAAAGCAUCUACCCUGAAGUGGUUAGCAUGUUUGCAACAAACUUGUUUAGGUCCAUUCCGCCCCAAGUCAACCCGACAGGCGACGCGUUUGACCCAGAGGAAGACGAACCUGUCCUUGAACUUGCCUGGCCCCACCUCCAAAUCGUUUACGAAUUCUUCCUCCGAUUCGUCGAAAGUCCGGAUUUCAACACGAACAUUGGCAAGCGCUACAUCGACCAGUCGUUUGUUCUCCAACUUCUCGAGUUGUUUGACAGUGAAGAUCCUCGUGAGCGUGAUUUCCUGAAAACAACGCUUCAUCGAAUCUAUGGUAAAUUCCUCAAUCUACGAGCAUUCAUCCGCCGCUCGAUAAGCCAUGUCUUUUUCCAAUUUGUUUACGAAACGGAACGACAUAACGGUAUUGCCGAGCUCCUCGAAAUUCUCGGCUCAAUCAUCAACGGUUUCGCCCUCCCCCUCAAGGAGGAACACAAGACCUUUCUCACUCGCGCUCUCAUUCCCUUGCACAAGGCUAAAUCCCUCGCACUCUAUCACCCCCAACUCGCAUACUGUGUCGUCCAGUUCCUCGAAAAGGAUCCUGCUCUCACAGAAGAAGUCGUGUUGGGUCUGUUGAGGUACUGGCCCAAGGUGAAUUCCCCAAAGGAAGUCAUGUUCUUGAAUGAGGUGGAGGAGAUUUUGGACGUGAUUGAGCAUAAUGAGUUUAUCAAGAUUAUGCAGCCGCUGUUUGUGCAGCUGGCGAGGUGUAUCAAUAGCGCGCAUUUCCAGGUGGCGGAACGCGCGUUGUACUACUGGAACAAUGAGUACAUUGUCAAUCUCAUGGGCGAACAUAUCAGUAUCAUCCUCCCCAUCGUCUUCCCCGCAUUGUAUCAAAACUCGAAAACCCACUGGAAUAGGACGAUCCAUGGCAUGGUAUAUAACGCGCUCAAGUUGUUUAUGGAGAUUAAUCAGGAAGUGUUUGAAGAGUGUCAGAAUAACUAUAGAGCGCAACGUAAAGCUGAAUCAGAUCGAGCUAUUGAACGAUAUGACGAAUGGCUGCAACUUCGCGAGCAAGCGAUCCAAAACUGGGAAUCCGCCCACCCGUCUUCACCCCUUCCCGAACGCUUACAAGAACCCCCACCACCCCGCCCUGAACCAUACGAGGACGAACCGAUGAUGGACGUUUCGGUCGACAUGACUGCGAACGGGUUUGAUCCAAGUGAAAGUUUCACGUUGGAUAGGUCGAUUGCGGAGGAGACGGUGCCUGUGGCGGAUCCGGGGGUUGAUAGAGCUCCUCCUUUGAGCCCGACGUCGCCGACGCAACUCUUGGGACAACAAGGACAGGCGCCUUCAAGUCCCACCCCGAGCGGGGGCGGGACUGCACCCCAUUUGAGGAGAAAAUCAGUGUUGCCCAUUGAUGCUGGGGUCAUGCGAGAUCUCCAGAAUCAUCGAAGUCUGGAAAACGACGCAAACCCCUAACCUUAGAACAAGAGAUUCCCAACGACCCCGCCACGAUUUAUUUUCUUUCCAUCAGUGCAUUGGCCGAAAAACACCGUUUGUAACUAUUGUCGAAUGCCUUUGUUUCAUUUUUUUAAAACCCUUCAUUUUCUGCAUCCCAAGUUUUACCUUUUUUUUUUUAUCAUAUACAUCUCGUCUACAUUUACCUCAUUAUGUGCCAGAGACUUUUUAUUUUAUAUAUUUCCAUUUAUUGUGAAAGCUGGCGGAUUAGUAUACCCCUUUUUUUUGACGAGUGAGAAUUACAGUAGAGUCCUUUGAGCCGCGCAGGGGGUUGGCGAGAUGUAUGGCUUACAAGGAAUGGAUGAUAAUGCACUGCAUCGAACG